CUCUGGGAGCUUAUCGAUAACUUUCCGCCUCAAGCCACGUUUGAGUUUGAGCAAGAGCCACUCUGCGAUGACGUUGGCGUUGGCGUUGGCGCAUGGCAUCGCAUCGCAUCGUGGCCGUGCCAAGUUUGUAGGCUGCUCUUCGUUUGUGGACACCUCUACUACACAGAUUGUCAUACAAGUUCAGACACUUCACUUCCCUCCUGAAACACUCGACAUACCCUCCUUCGUCCGCUCAGCACCAUCACGGCCCUCAGUUGGAGUUUCGAGUUCCGAAGUAUCUCGCACAGCACAGAAACACCUCCCAGCAACCUGCGAGCUCUUGCAAACAGGAACCAUGACGCUCUACUACAGCCUCGUCUUCGCCCUCCUCGUCUUCGAGAUGACCGUCUUCAUGUCCCUCAUUAUCCCACUGCCCUUCACCAUCAAGCGCAAGCUGUUCACCUUCAUAUCCGAGAAUCCUCUGAUAGCCAAACUACAAUAUGGAUUAAAGAUCACAUUCAUAUUCAUCUUGAUCCUGUUCAUUGACAGUGUCAACCGCGUCUACCGCGUCCAGGUAGAACUGGCUCAGGCCAAGUACCAGGGUGGAGCGGCAGGUAUUGCCGCGGUGGCUGGCAGCGAACGCAUGGAGGUGCAAGCCCGCAAGUUCUACUCGCAGCGCAACAUGUACCUCUGCGGCUUCACCCUCUUCCUCUCCCUCAUUCUCAACCGCACCUACGUCAUGAUCCUCGAUACUCUCCGCCUCGAGGAGGAAGUCAAGAACCUCAAGGGCGAAAACCCAGGCAAGACCUCUUCUGGACUUGGUAAGGCUGGCGAUCUUGGCGAGAUCUCCGAGCUGAAGAAGCAGCUGAAGAAGAAAGACGUCGAGAUCGAGGCAUUGAAGAAGCAGGCUCAAGGUCUAAGCAACGAGUACAACCGUCUUGGUGACGAGGUCUCCGCUCCCGAUAACACCCCAAAGAAGGACCGGUAGAUACUGAAUUGGACACCCGCAUCGAGGAACAACACCAAUGAAUAUGAUAACACGGCCGUGAGAUGGAGCAUCUUUUGCUACCAUAUGACAAGACACAAAAAGAUCGGCCAUGAGAUGGAUAAUGGCACAACGGAUGAUCGAGAGGGAGGUUGAUGUACAGGGCAUUUAAGAAGCACAUGAGCUUCAACAUGAAAAGCACGAGCACCACGUAGGACUAGGUAUUUUUGCUAGGAAAUUAGAAAAUGCCUGUCCCCUG